UUAAUCACAUAGUUCACGUUAUUUCACCAACAUUGCACCCCAAGAAGAAGAAAAAAACAUUAUAUCACCAAGAAAAACAAAGAUGAAGACAUGGGGAGUAAUUUUGCUGGUAUUUCUGCUAAAAAUCCAAGAAAAAACAGUAAAAGGCGGAGAAGAUGAAUUCAUCAAAAGAAAAGGGAUCCAAUUUUGGUUAAACGGGUCCCCAUUUUACUCAAAUGGGUUCAAUGCAUACUGGUUAAUGUACGAGGGUUCUGAACCAUCUGAGAGGCUAAAAGUUUCAACUAGUUUUGAAGAAGCUUCAAAACAUGGACUUACAAUUGCAAGAACUUGGGCUUUCAGUGAUGGCGGAAAUCGACCGCUUCAAUAUUCUCCUGGUUAUUAUAAUGAACAAAUGUUCCAAGGUUUAGAUUUUGUUGUGUCUGAGGCGAAGAAGUAUGGGAUAAAGCUGGUGUUAAGCUUGGUGAAUAAUUAUGAUGAUUACGGAGGGAAGAAGCAGUAUGUGGAGUGGGCUAAGAGCAAAGGACAGUCUCUAUCAUCUGAAGAUGAUUUCUUUACUAAUCCUCUUGUUAAGGGAUUCUUUAAGAAUCAUAUCAAGACUGUAUUAACAAGAGUUAAUAGCAUGAAUGGAGUUGCUUACAAAGAUGAUACAACAAUUAUGGCUUGGGAGCUUAUGAAUGAGCCCAGAUGCCCUUCAGAUUUAUCUGGAAAAGUCCUUCAGGAAUGGAUCACUGAAAUGGCUUCCUAUGUAAAAUCAAUAGAUGCAAACCAUCUCCUCGAAGUUGGACUAGAGGGCUUUUAUGGAGAUGACAAAAAACAAUACAACCCAAAUAAUACCAAAGUAGGAACUGACUUCAUUGCUAAUAAUCAAAUUCCUGGUGUGGAUUUUGCUACCGUCCAUUCAUACCCAGACCAAUGGCUCUCUGGUUCAACAGGUGAAGUACAACUCUCCUUCCUCCAACAUUGGGUGCAACAACAUAUUCUAGACUCGCUAAACAUCCUUAAGAAGCCGGUCAUAUUUGCAGAGUUUGGUAAAUCAUAUAAAGUCUCGGGCUACACCUCAUUUGACAGAAACCAGCUCUACAAUAUCACCUACUCUUCUAUCUAUUCGUCGGCCAACGAAGGUGGGCCCGCGGCCGGUGGAUUAUUCUGGCACCUAAUCGCCGAGGGAAUGGACAAUUUUCGAGAUGGGUACGAAAUCGAGAUCGGAGAAAAAUCUGACAUUGUUGGAAUAAUUUUGGAACAAUCACAAAAGCUUUCGAGGCUAAGAAAGAAAUACACAAGAAAAAUGCUUGGAUAAGAGAUUACUGAGUGAUAGAAUUAAUGUAUUUUCAGAAACUAAGAAACUAAA